CAUCUCACUCACACACACACACACACACACAAAAACACUCUCUAUAUCGACAAAGAUAAAGAAAUCAGAAGCUUCCACUCUUAAAAUGGCAACUUUCUCUUAUUUCCAAAACUACCCUCAUUCCCUUCUUGAUCCUCUUCUCUUCCCUACACCUAACUCCUCCGUUGAUAUCACUGGUAUAAUCGAUCAAAAUAUUCUCCAUUCACUACCAAACGUUUCUACAAUCGAAGACACUUCCGUGUACCCUUUUCUUGAUGAGUAUAAUGUUGACAAAACCGAAAGCGAUAGUUUUAAGAAACAGGCCAACACAACCAAAACCGCAACCACCGGCUCGUCUUCUUGCGACCAGCUGAACAAUGGGCCAUCGACCACCACCACUAAUGGUAAAGUCCGUCGGAGGAAGAUCAAAAACGAUUCUAACUCUAAGGAAGGAGUAGAGGGAAAAAAAAGAAAAAUACAGAGAAGUGAAGUCAAAGAGAAGAGAGGAAGCAAAGAAGAGCCUCCUAAAGAUUACAUUCACGUUCGAGCUAGAAGAGGCCAAGCUACUGAUAGCCACAGCCUUGCUGAGAGGGUGAGAAGAGAAAAGAUAAGUGAGCGGAUGAGGACUCUGCAAAAGCUUGUUCCGGGCUGUGAUAAGGUAACAGGGAAGGCCCUCAUGUUGGAUGAGAUUAUAAAUUAUGUUCAGACCUUGCAGAAUCAAGUUGAGUUUUUGUCGAUGAAGCUAGCUUCUACUAGUCCGGUGGUCUAUGACUUUGGUUCCGACCUUGAUGGCCUCAUACUUACAUCCGAGAUGGGAUCCCCAGACGUAGGAACGUCUUUAACCAAUACAAUGUCAACAACUACUCCUAUCUUCCCUUCACUAUUGGAUAAUUCUUUAGUAAACACACAUGCACAGCUUCAGGAAGGGGGAGGAGAAGAAAGAGAGAAGUUUGUAGACAGAAGUGGGUUCAACGACAACAGCUUCUGUUCUUUCCCUUGAUUUAUUAGUAUUUACAUGUCCACGACACAAACACAAAAGCCUGCUUUUCGUUGGUUUUAAUCUCCUCCUCCUAUAUGCACGGAUCGAGGGAAUAAAAUCUACGUAAAACCAGGGUGGUAAAAGUGGAUGUGUACUUUAUUUGUUCCUUCCUUUUAUAGAGUUUAAAGAAAAUAAAAGUACUAUAUUAGGGAGACAAAAGCUCAUUUUUCCCCAAUUUGGCCCGAGAGUUUCAACAUAAAUCAUUCAUAAAAGCAAUGGAAAAAGAGAAUUAUGAGGCAGAUGCAAAUUUAAAUGGACGAGAAAGAGACGUGCAAACGAAGAAGACCUCUCAUAUAAAUUUGAUUUUGGUGGGUUUAUUCACUCAUUAAAUAUACACUUUGUAUUAGUUCUUGUUUUUCCAACAAUAUUCCUCAUUAUUUUUGGAAAAUGUUAACUUGUAUAAUCAGCACACUCAUGUUAUGCGUUCACAUACAUGAAUAUAAAAUAUGCGGGUAAAAAAAAAAAUUAAAACAUAUAAACUUAUAUA